AUGAAAUUGCUCGAAAAAGAGGGCCCUCGCUUCUCCUUUAAAAACCCAAGCAUUUCCGUAUCAGAUUCUCAGAUUACCACGGCGGUACACCACGUCUCCCCGGUCAAAUACCGCCGAUGGAUGGCCAGUGAAAGCCCGAAGCCUUACGCCGGAAUAUUCAACCACACGGACACUAGCGAUGCUGGUGUAACCCUCGUCUAUACCGCUGUACAGCAGGCCACCGCAACGGGCUGC